AUGAUAAUAGGCGUGCCAGGUAACUGCCUCAUCCUCCGUGUGUACUGGAGCAAGCCGCGGAAGACCACAACCAACCUGCUGAUCAUGGGACUGGCGGGAGCCGACCUCGCCACCUGCUUAUUUACCGUUUACUUCAUAGGCCCGAGCCUGACUGUUCUUCUCGGAGAACAGCCGUCGGAGGUGUUCCGAUAUGUAAGAUAUAUCCUUUUCUCAGCGGUUUCAUCUUCAGUGUUGAUUACCACUGUCAUUGCCCUUGAUAGGUACGAUUGUGUCUGCCGACCGCACAGGAGACUACUGAACCAAAAAAAGACGCUGACGGUUGUUCUGUGUCUAAUUAGUUUUGCCCUGGCAAUGAACGUACCGUACAUUGGUAUUGCAGCUGAUUACACCAACGCAGUACAAUACACUUUCGUUGUUCGGUCUAUUCACACUUUGUCGUACAUCGUGACCUUAACAGUGAUAACGGUGUGCUAUUGGAAAGUCUAUAAAACAAUCAGAAAACACGUGAAAGUAGACAUUGUGCAUACGCCACAAAACAUUGAACUUAACUUGAUGGGGGCGCUAACGAUCUCUUCAGGGAAGCAAAAUCAGAACAACAUAACUUUACUGGAAUCGAUCACCGGUACAGAUGCUGCGACGUCGAGCGCACCAUUUCAAAGUAAGCCAGAGUCGCAGCAUUACCAUACCAGCGAAUCAGACCAAAACAGGACCGUCUCUACUGAGCAAGCCGGUACCGAUAACACGGAAUCGAGAGGGAGACGGGCUGGCGUCCAUCGUAAGCUGUCCAACACCACAGCCUUACAGCGCAAGACAACCAGGAUGCUUCUGCUGGCCAGUCUGGUGCUUCUGAUCUCGUGGCUGCCGUACUGGUUCUAUCUUGUGUUGGUGUUUGCCAAGUACCUCGGGGAAGACAUACCCGAUCAUGUCAUUAAUGGUUUUUACCACAGCUCCGUAGUGCUGUACCUGAACCACGCAGUCAAUCCGCUCAUUUACGGCCUGGCCAACAGGCGAUUCAGACAGGACUGUCAGCGGGCUUUGUCGAAUCUGAGCUGUUGGCGGAACAACUGGUUCCAAAGGCAACAAUGA